CUAAGACCAUAAAGCAUGUUCAUAUCUUAGUCAUAACUUUAUUCCGGCUACUGAUGAACAAACUUUAGAAGCUCAAAGUUUUUAAAUCAGGAGACAGACAACAGCAUUUGCAGUUUGGGAUUUUUGCUGAGGUGAAAAACAUGGAGUGCUGGGUGAAUCUUAAAUCCUCUGACUGGGCUUAUCCCACUGCAGUCCUGUCAUUGUAUGGAUUUUUUGCUAACUGCAGAAUCGCAGAGCCUUUCCUUGCUCCGUACUUAAUUGGGCCUCAUAAGAACAUCUCCCAAGAAGUGGUGACAAACUAUAUUUUUCCUAUCUGGACAUACUCCAACCUGGCCUUCCUUUUCCCAGUCUUCCUGCUGACUGACCUCCUGAGGCACAAGCCGCUCAUUGUGCUGCAGGGGCUUGUCCUGGUCAUCAAUUAUGUCCUGCUCUGCUUUGCCCAGGGAGUGCCUGCCAUGAUCUUCCUUGAGAUUAACUAUGCUAUGGUGACAGCAUCAGAGGUGGCCUACUUUUCCUACAUUUACAGCGUGAUUCCCUCGGAGAAUUACCGAAGAGCCACCGGUUAUCUCCGAAGCGCCAUGCUUUUUGGGUACACAUUUGGUGCCGGCCUGGGACAAGUUCUCAUCUCCCUGGCAGGGCUAGACUACUUCGACAUCAAUGCCAUCACCCUGGGCGUUGUAAGCGUGGCUUUUCUCAUCUCCUUCCGAUUGCCAAUGCCUCAGAGGGGCAUGUUCUUCAAAGGGAGAAAGGCUGCACCUGUGGGCCAAAAUUUCCAGCAGGCGGGGCCCGUGGGAGCGGACAGGCCUGAGGAAGCUGUGCUGGAAGACGAGGAUCCUGCCUCUGGGGAAGAGAACGUGGAGGGGAAUGACAGCGCUGGCUGGUGCAGCAGGAAAAAUGUGGUCAAUGCGGGUCAUUUACUUUGGCAAAGCUUCAGGGAGUCCUACUCUUCCAGGCAUUUAAUCUACUGGUCCCUUUGGUGGGCUUUAGCCACAGCUGGGUAUACACAAAUCCUCAACUACAUCCAACUAAUGUGGGACCAUAUUGAACCAUCUGCUACAUCAUCCGUCUACAAUGGAGGUGUCGAAGCUGCAUGCUCUCUUGUCGGUGCUGCAGCAGCCUUCUUAGUCGGUCACAUCAAGGUGAGCUGGACCAUGUGGGGAGAGCUGGCACUGGGCUUGUUUUCAGCCAUCGGGGCAGGCGCCGUCUUUCUGAUAGCGCUCACCAGCAAUAUCUGGGCCUGCUAUGCGGGCUACGCCCUGUUUAAAUCAUGCUACAUGCUUCUCAUCACCAUCACUACAUUUCAGAUUGCUGCCAACCUCUCCAUGGAAUGCUAUGCUCUGACGUUUGGCAUCAACACAUUUGUGGCCCUCUUUCUGCAGACCAUGAUGACGCUUAUUUUUGUUGACGAAGCUACAUUAGGACUGGACAUUGUGAAGCAGUUCAUCAUCUACGGGAGCUACUAUGCUGUCAUCUCUGUGCUCUUUUUGAUUCGAGGGAUCUACACUGCUUGUACAAAGCAUACUUCUCCAGACACCAAGUCUGCUGUGAAGGUGGUGAAUCAACAAAGUUCUAAUACUUUUGUCAAUGGAUGAGCUUUGAUUUUGGGGAUAUACUGUAGUGAAGAGGAUUAUAAUUAGGGAUAGAAAAGUAACUGGUAUCAAGCGCAACUAACAGCAAUUUACUGUAGUUUUUAAAGUGCAUUUUUCCACAUGGAUGUGUUUAUUUAUAGAAUAUAUAUUUUUUUACUAAAAUAGUUUUUCAAUAAACAUUAAAUGCUUGUAACACACACAAAAAAGUACAGAUAGCACGACAAGCUAACUUAGCGAACAUCACCCUAUUCACUUCUUGUUAGCGUACGAGGUUGAACUCUACGGGAAUGAGUGAAUCUGUCUGAAUGUUCUGAACUUCUCUUUCCUCAAUGAGCAGACAUGAAUGUAGCGCCACUUUCCGGAGCUGACAUAAUGUCGAAUAAACAGCGAUUGACUAUGAUUGAUGUUUGUCGAAUUUUAUCUUGUAGCAAUGGAUUUAAUGAAGUGGUGAUUCAUAAUUAAUAUUAGUUUCU